AUUAUGGAGAUUUAACUGUAUAAUUGCAAAAACACCCAUUUUAAAACCUUUGAUUUGUAUAUGUGGCCCAUUGUUUUUUCAUUUGGGCCUAAAACACCGUUUGUUUCAACGCUGGCCCAAUUUAGUAUUUGCUUCUGAAUUCUACUUCGGAUCUGCUUUGACGCUGCGAUGAAUUUUUGGGAGUAGAAUUUCAAGUUAGCUGAUACGACGAAAAUGCAAGGUGGAUCAACCGGCGUUGGCUACGGUCUCAAAUAUCAGGCGAGAUGCAUUUCGGAUGUGAAAGCGGAUACGGAUCACACCAGUUUCCUCACCGGUACUCUCAGCCUCAAAGAAGAAAACGAGGUGCACUUGAUUAGGUUGUCUUCUGGCGGUACUGAAUUGAUCUGCGAGGGUUUGUUUUCGCAUCCGAAUGAAAUCUGGGAUCUGGCUUCUUGUCCUUUCGAUCAACGGAUUUUCUCUACUGUAUUUUCUUCCGGGGAAACAUAUGGGGCAGCGGUAUGGCAAAUUCCCGAGUUAUAUGGUCAGCUAAGUUCUCCUCAAUUGGAAACUGUUGCUUCACUGGAUGGGCACACUUGCAAAAUUAAAUGCGUUCUGUGGUGGCCAACCGGAAGGCAUGACAAGCUGGUUAGUAUUGACGAGCAGAAUCUCUUUCUAUGGAGCUUAGAUACUUCAAAGAAAACUGCUCAGGUACAAUCACAAGAAUCGGCUGGCAUGCUUCAUACUUUAACUGGUGGAGCAUGGGAUCCUCACGAUUUCAAUGCCAUAUCUUUAACAUGUGAUUCAUCAGUUCAACUUUGGGAUUUGAGGACAAUGAAGAAAACCGGUUCGAUUGAGCGUGCACAUGUCCGUAAUGUAGACUAUAACAUGAAAACGAGGUACACACUUGUAACUGCUGAAGAUGAGUCGGGCAUUCAUAUAUGGGACCUUAGAAACCUGAAGUUUCCAGUUUCUGAACUUCCUGGGCACUCACACUGGACAUGGGCGGUUAAAUGUAAUCCCGAGUACGAGGGCCUGAUUCUGAGUGCUGGAACUGACUCAGCUGUCAAUUUGUGGUUGGCUUCUCCUUCAGAUAGUGUGGUUGAGCCAACAAACCAGACGAUAGAGCCGUUGCUAAAUUCCUACAACGACUAUGAAGACUCUGUUUAUGGCCUUGCUUGGAGUUCUCGUGAACCAUGGAUUUUCGCAUCGUUGUCAUAUGAUGGAAGGGUUGUUGUGGAAUCUAUAAAAUCCCAUCUUCCUAAAAAAUGAAAAAAACGAACAAUGUCAUACUCGUGAUUCUUCUUUAGAAACCGAAUCUUGCCGAGACCGAUCGCAUAACAGUGAAGCUAUGCUGUGAUUGAAGAUGUUAUUGCAGAAGUUGACAUUAGUCCCACCUUGUAAGAUGGAUUUUUUUGAUCUAUUUAUUUUCAAAACUCGUCGCGUUUCAUCUUUCGCAUUAAUGUUUUCGGUAGUCACAGGCUAUUGGCAUUCUAAGUGAGUGGAUUAAGCACAAUUUCAUAUUCUAUCCAUUAAAUUUUUUAGCCUGGUGAAUGUAUGUAAUUGCACUUUUCUCAAAUUUGCUCUUAUUAUUCACUUAUAAUUC